CAAAUUCACUUUAAGUAAGACGGGAAGUGGGCCCGGGUCAGUCCGACUUCGGGUCGGGCUAUGGGCUAUGCCCAAGAAAUUGGGAUCAGAUUCAGGUUCAAAAUUAGGGCCCGAAUAUAUUUCGGGCCGGCUCCGGUAGUUGUGUUGGCCUGUUUGAGUCUGCAAAUCGAGCCCGGACAGGCCCGGAUCCGGCCCGAUAUCUGGGCCGAUGUUUGGCCCGGAAAAUUGAGGUAAGUGGUCUGAUCAGACCAACUGAUGCAGGGGUCGAAAUCCUGACCGCUGGUUCGCCGGGCUCUUCUUCUCUCGAAGAGCCCCGAUCCUAAUCAAAAUCAACAGUCAAACCCUUCAACCAACAGAAAAAGAAAUCAUCGAUCAGCGGCUAGGGUUCUCGACUUCUCGUCUCUCCGCCUCCACCGCCUCUUCGAUCCCUGAACCUCGUCGCUCAUCGCCGGUCGGCGGUCCAAGCCGAAGGCGAGCCUCCUAUCGUCGGCCGACUGUGGUUCCAUUGAGGAUUGAUUCACUUAUUGCUGUAGUGGUGAUUGCUUGAUCUGGUCUCGAAGAUGUCGUCGCUGAGGAAUGCUAUCCCUCGACGGGCUCACAAGGAACGUGCUCAACCUCAAGCGAGGAAGAAGUUUGGGUUUCUUGAGAAGCAUAAAGAUUAUGUUUUGAGAGCUCAGGCAUUCCACAAGAAGGAAGAGACUUUGAGGAGGUUGAAGGAGAAGGUUGCUUUUAGGAAUCCAGAUGAGUUCUAUUUCAAGAUGAUCAACACAAGAACUGUUCAUGGAAUUCACAGACCAAAGAGUGAAGCAAACAAGUACACCCAGGAGGAACUCAUGCUGAUGAAGACUCAAGACAUUGGAUAUAUUCUUCAGAAAGUUCAAAGUGAAAAGAAGAAAAUUGAAAGGCUGAGUUCUGCACUUCAUGAACUGGAUAAUCAGCCAUCAAACCGACAUGUUUACUAUGCUGAAGAUAGGGAAGAAGCUAAAGAAAUACAAUCAAGAUCAUCACAGACGAGUAAUUCACCUGCUUUUGAAAAUGUGCCGAAUCGUAUAAAGAAGAAAACAUCUUCUUCUUACAAAGAGUUAGAAGCAAGGAAAAAAAGGGUUCAAGAGCUGGAAAAAUUGUAUGCGGACAUGGCAUUGCAAAAGGAAUUGCAGAAACCUGGUCGGAAGCGUAAGCUCCUUGAAGAUGAGAUAGUUUCCCCAACAACUAAGCCCGUAUAUAAAUGGCGUGCGGAGCGCAAAAGGUGAUCUUUUGGCCACCUUCUGGGUGAGAAAGCCAGAUUGAACUGAAUAGGUGGAGCCAGCAAGAGAAAUCUGAAAGGUCAUUCUGCUUUGUUAUUUUAUAUUGUGCGUUCAAUUAGAGUUCUCAUUAUUGGUGUAUUGACAUAUGGGAGAUAUUCCCUGCAUCUUCUACCUGAUUAAGAACUCUGAGCAUUAAACCAUUUUGUUAGCAUAGAAAAGUCUCCUCUCAAAUCAUUAGAAAAGCUAGUUUCUGUCAGUUCUUGGGCAGCUUCAUAGGAGUUUCCCAUUAUUGACUCAUUAUUCAUCGAACCAUACGGAUCGAUCUAGCAAUGAUGGAAUGUAUAUUCUGUUUACUGAAUCACAUGAAAUUUCAGUCAACUCCAUAUAUGUAAUGUAAUUUAUUUCA